AGCGCAGGAGCCGCAGCGCCGUGGCUCGGAGCCCCGUCCCCGCUCCCCAGGACCGGCUAAGCCGAUUCCCGCCGGGCCCCAGCGCAGGGAGCACCCGCGGUACCAUCCCAAACCCCGCAACUCUCUGCGGGAGCCCAAGGAGUCCCGGGACCCUCGGGUCCUGCCGUCCCCAUCCGCCCUCCCGGGGAGCUGUCCCGGGUCCCGGGGCCGGAGAUUUUGCUUCCCACGGUGGCAAAAUGCGGGCGCAGCGGCGGGAUCUGUCCGGACUGUAGGCGCGGGGGGACGGGGGAGUCCCAGGCGGCUCAGGAGCAGAUCCCGAGGGUCCGCGCCGGUCGUCUAGCCCCGAGAGCUCAGCCCCCGACCCCGGGCCCAGUGGUAUUUCUGCAAACCCCGCUUCCGGCACGGGGGAGGGGCCCGAGUCGGGCCGUGGGAAAUGGACACAGCCCGAUCGGACAUCAUGGACCCGCCCCGGACUGCCGUCUUCCCGGAGGAGAUUCUGCAUAAGACGAUCCUGGUGGGAGACAGUGGCGUGGGGAAAACAUCUCUGCUAGUGCAAUUUGACCAGGGCAAGUUUCUUCCUGGCUCCUUCUCGGCUACCGUGGGCAUCGGAUUCACCGUGAUGCUGCUGGGAGACUCAGGUGUUGGGAAAACCUGUUUCCUGAUCCAGUUCAAAGAUGGGGCCUUCCUGUCCGGAACCUUCAUAGCCACUGUCGGCAUAGACUUCCGGAACAAGGUGGUGACCGUGGAUGGUGUGAAAGUGAAGCUACAGAUCUGGGACACAGCAGGACAGGAACGUUUCAGGAGCGUCACCCAUGCCUACUAUCGCGAUGCCCAGGCCCUGCUCCUUCUCUACGACAUCACCAACAGGGCCUCCUUCGACAACAUCCGGGCCUGGCUGACGGAGAUCUACGAGUUUGCCCAGAAGGAUGUGGUGAUCAUGUUGCUAGGUAACAAGGCGGAUGUGAGCGGCGAGAGAGUGAUCCGGUCCGAGGACGGCGAGUUACUGGCCAGGGAGUUCGGUGUGCCCUUCAUGGAGACCAGUGCCAAGACCGGCAUGAACGUGGAACUGGCCUUUCUGGCCAUUGCCAAGGAGCUGCAGCACCGGGCCGGACGGCGGGAGGACGAACCCACCUUCCAGAUCCGGGACUACGUCGAAUCCCAGAAGAAAAGACCAGGCUGCUGCGCCUUUUCGUGAACCUAGGGACCCAGAGGCUUGGGGAGGGGAACCAGCCCCAGGUCCCCCCGCCCCCAACCCCAGCCAAGCCCGGGGCAUCGCAGUUGCCUCGCGGGCACAGACCCAGAAAAGCGCGAGCUAGAUCUGCGGGGGACGGGCCCGUCUCCCCCGUUCCCCGGGACCACGCGCUGCUGAGCCGUUGGGCGGGGAGAGGGCCGAGGGCCCCAGGACCUAGGAGACAGACCCCUCCCCACGACUCCCCACUCCAGCGAGGGGCGGCCGACCCUCCCCCAGCCGGGCCCGCUCCUCCCCAGCAGGGAGAUGGAGCAGCGCCCAGACUUCUUGGGCCAAGGCCGCGACGCCGGCCGAACGGCGGCGGUACUGCGGAUGGCCGCCAGGGGGCGCCGCGGGAGCCGCUUCUCUGUCCGCCCUCUGGUCAUCGGGACUCCAGCGGCGUGACGCCAACGACCUCCCUAAGAAGAUAAACGCUAUGCUUUACUGCGUCACCCCGGGAUCCUGCCUUCGGGAACACUACCAAAGGAGGAAGACUGUGGUGACUAACAUCCCUCCUACUUGGGGGAGGGGGGCCUGCUCCAACUCUAACCUUCCUCCGUGCUUGCCACCCCCCGUGGACUUGACUAGCUGCCUCGUCCCAUCUCCGUGCUCCCCAAGGCCAGUGUUGACCACUGGGUCAGCCUAGGCCGACCACAGGAAACCGGAGAAGGGAAAAUGUGGAUGAAGGCUGAGUGAAGGCGAAAGUCUCCGGAGGGAUCGACCUCCCAGACCCCGGGAAAAUGAAUGUCGUCCUGAGGAGUCAGAGAGGCCACAGUUUGGGGAGAGGUUUGGGGCCUGCCCUUAGGGUGCAGCGGGACAAAGCGGGGGAAUGUCUAACUCUGUCCCCCUUUGCCAGCCCCCCACCCCUCUGAGGGAGGGGAUUUCUGGUGGCCCUCGCCACCCAACCUCCAGGCCUCCCUGCCGAGAUCUCCCCGAGCUGAAAGGACGUCCCCACCCUCUCUGGGGAUCCUCUGGUUCAGUGCUUUGGGGAUCCAGGAGGCAACGGGGCGAGGUCAGACUCUUGCUUCUCUGCAUCUUCACGUUGCAGUUUCUGCAGGCAAUCAAACAUUUCUAUCAGACAAACCUGCAGGUCUUCCCCCCCACCCCCCCCCUCCAAUGUGGUUGGGCCACAUUGACCCUGACAGUCCACCUCCCUCCCUGCCUGCCUGCCCCUCCCUCCGAGGAAAACUCAAGGAUCACUCCCAUGAGUCAUCUGGGCUGCCAGGCGCUCUUUGGCAAAAGGGAAGAAAGGUGCAGGAGCACCCUGUCCUCCACCCUGAGUUCACCUGGGUGGGGGCGGGGGUGGGGCCUCCUCUCUUUGUUGUAGGGCUCCGGCCUUGGUGUUGGGACGUGGGAUGGGCCCUCCCCACCCAGCCUAGGCCAGAAGCGGCCCCGGGAGCCGCUAGGGUGGAUUUCGGUUGCAAGGGUAGCUGGCUGGAAGGUUCCUGCUGCCAAGGGACCCUUAGAGCCACGCCUUCUGUCGCUCCGGGCUAAUCACAGAAGGUGUGAGGACAGGGCCCCUGUGUUUGCUCCGUCACAGCUUUCCUGCCCCCUCUUCCAGCAGCAGCCCGUAGCCAAGGAAGGACCCAGCUUUUAGAAGCUGGUGUGUGUGUGUGUGUGUGUGAUGAUUAUUACACCCCACAAUCUCGAGUCUCCAGGCAGGGGCGGGAAUUUGGGCCCCGCGUACCAAGUUGGCCAACUGGCAGGGCCGGACCCUCCCGAGUCGUUCCAGAGGGAUUAGCGAGGGUCCGGCCCGGCCCUUGGUUUGCCUCCGGGAGCCCCUCCAGACUUCAUUUGCACGUUUUUCAGAAUGAAACUGCGGUAUUUCUGAGUCGCUG